AUGGACAACUACAGAACGGAAAUAAACAUACCGAUAUCAAGAGAUAAGCGAACAUUCGAACAGCGCCGAAAGGAUAUGCUUAGUAAUCUUGAACGUAGUUACAGUAAGCAUUCAAGAACCGACAUCCACAAGAAUUCAAGUUCCGAGUCAUCAAUACCCUUAACUGAAUCAACUAUAAGUGGAUCAAAUCGUCAUAUUAGUGAUUGGGAUGAUGAAGUCAAUCGCUGGAUUAGUGAAACACGUAGCAAGUGGAGCGAAGACAUGAAGCGAAUGAGACAGUCCAUGUUCGCUUUAGAGCCUGUUGAUGAUUUUGAUCUUGACCAUUGGGGUAAUUUUGAACCGAUUCAUUCACUUGAUGAUCCAUCAACUAUGAUGGAACAAAUGGAACGUCGAAUGGAAUCAUUACGACAAAAAAUGGGAACUAUGUCUAGUUUUGGUCCAUCACAUUUUUCUGGUCCUAAUAGUUCAACUAUGCAAACAUCAAGUUCACGUAUAACAUCAUCUACAUCGCAUAGUAGCGGUAGUGAUCCAAAAAAUAUGGUGACAAAAAGUAAUGUUGUAGAAUCUACACAACAUACACGUACAGUAGAUGGUGAGACAACAACAACUUCAAGCCAUUCUAGUUCAUCAUCUAAUACAGCAGGAUUACCAGGCAGUAAAAUUAAUGUGACUAAUACUCCAGGAAGUUUGAUUUCACAAACGAGUGUCCCAUGUGGUAUGAUGGAUUUUCUCAAAGAUGCCUAUGAAUUAGGUGAUGAUGGAAAGGUACAUUUUAAAGUACGAUUUGAUGCAAAAGAUUUUUUACCAGAAGAUAUUGAAGUGACUACAGUUGAUAAUCAUCUACGAGUUCAUGCUAAAAAAUCAAUUAAAUCAGGCAAUUCAACAACUGUACGUGAAUUUCAUCGUUCUGUUGAUUUACCACGAUCAAUUGAUCAUGAAAAUUUUCAAUGUCAUAUGACAGAGGAUGGUGUAUUGAUACUAGAUGCACCUGUUAAAGCUCCUGACUAUCGAACAAUCACAUUUCAAGAUGAUCGUCAACUUGGCAUCCGACCACGUGCUGAAUCUGAGAUAAAAGCCACUCCUAAUAGUAAUAAAACACCAGUCUGUUUAACUGUAACCGGUUGUUCUGAACCAACAAUAAUGAAAGAUGGCAUCAAUGGAAGAAAACUACAUCUUGAAGUCACUGUAGAUCCAAUUUAUAAAGCUGAUGAAUUAUGCGUUCGUAUGGAUUCUAAUCGUAUAGUUAUAACUGGUUGUCAAAAGAAAACUGACGCGAAAUCAACUUCCACUGCCGAAUUCACUCAGUCAUUUGAAGUUCCUGAAACAGUAGACCCAUUUUCAGUUACUGCUCAAUUGAUUGGAACAACACUUGUCGUUGAAGCGCCAUUAUUAUGCACAGUUUAGGUUGAGUAGGAAAAAAACUCAAUUCAUCAUGAAUCUUUUGUGUGUGCGAAGGAGGGUUGGAGAGAGUGAGAGAAAGGGAAUGAAUAACAUGUGUUCUUUAUAAAUAAAAUGUUUUUGUUAGUGAUACCUUAAUGUGUUACACCACACAACAAGUGUGUAGUUAUUUUGUAGGAGGAUGGGAAUAACUAAUUCUUUAAUGUUUUAUUUGCUUUUAUUCAAAUGUUAUUGCUACAUCACUUUGCUAUUACAAUUAAUGAUUUUCUACAUCUAAUCAAUAAUGACUGUCAAUCAUGAGAUUGAAGUGCUUUUAUUCUCAAAAAAAAAUUUGUCCAGUGUUUUCCAUUCUAAAAAUGAUCCAAAACUGUUUUAUUUAUCAGUUAACUUUUUCUUCAACCCUUUUUAUAUGUUUAUUUUUAUCUCCAGUUUAUGCGUUAUGUCUUCACUGUUUCUUUUUUGC